AUGGUCUCACCCCAUCUCUUCCUAGGACCCCCGGGGGCCGUCAACACCUCCAUGGGGUUGGCGCUGGCUUCUAGGGACACCAAGGCCCUGGCGUGUGGCCCCACGGCGCCCCAAACCUGUGGGAAGAACAUCCACCUCAACGGCUUCUGCGUCGUCCUCGACACCAACCUCCAGCAGCUCCAGCAAAUCCCAGAUGCCCCACGAGAGUGUCCCAAGCGCUCCUCGGAUUUGGUGCUCCUCAUCGAUGGUUCGGCCAGCAUCAGGAACCAGGACUUCUCCAAGAUGAAGAUCUUCAUCGCGGAGGUGAUGAAGCGCUUCAAGGACACUGACACGCAGUUCGCUCUCGUGCAGUUCUCAUCCACGGUCGUCACCCACUUUGACUUCAACACCUUCCGGAGGUCCCUCAACCCCAUUGCGCUGGUGGAUAAGGUGCAGCAGCUCCGAACUAACACCCGCACUGCUUCUGCCAUCUGGAAA